CUAAUACUAUUGCGUCUCAUCAUUCCGAAAGAACGAAUGUUACUCUCGUCUUUUCUUGAAUGAACGUUUCGGCGGUUACAAAGCAAAUGCUGCUACAUAAACGGUAAUACGGCAUCAGUUAUUGCCGAAAGCGUGUUGUCUGCUUCAAGACAGUGCAUAUAGGAAUUGCGGCAUUUUAAAGCCGUGAACUGGAAAUCGCAUUGAAGCAUCUUCAGAAAUAUGAAUACGGAUGUUUACGAGUCUUUGCCUACGUCUUCCGUGGCUGUACACAUGACAGCAGGUGCAUUUGCUGGAAUUAUGGAACAUUGUGUGAUGUAUCCUCUUGACAGUGCUAAGACAAGAAUGCAAGCAUUAACACCAGGCUCAGGUGGAGGAGGUGGAGUGAGAGCUGUCUUGAGUAGAAUGGUACGACAAGAGGGUGUUUUGAGACCAGUUCGUGGUAUGAGUGUGAUGGUUGUUGGUGCUGGUCCUGCACAUGCACUAUAUUUUUCCUGCUAUGAAUUUGUUAAAAAUAAACUCUUGAAUUCAAGGACACAUCCUGAAUUAAAUUUAGCUGUGUAUGGAACUGCUGGUUGUGUAGCUACGCUAUUUCAUGAUGGUGUAAUGAAUCCUGCAGAAGUGGUUAAACAACGAUUACAAAUGUAUAACUCUCCUUAUCGAAAUGUUCUAACAUGUAUAACAGAUAUAUACAAAAGUGAAGGUGCAUAUGCAUUCUAUAGGAGUUAUACAACACAGUUGGCCAUGAAUGUACCUUUUCAAAUGAUUCAUUUUAUUACUUAUGAAUUUACACAAAGUUUGACAAAUCCAAGACAUGUUUAUAAUCCUAUAGCACAUAUGAUAUCAGGUGCAUUAGCAGGAGCUAUUGCUGCUGCAAUCACAACACCUUUAGAUGUUUGUAAAACACUUUUAAAUACACAAAAUGGUGUGCAUGCUCAAGGCAUGAUAGAUGCUAUCAGAAAAGUUUAUACAUAUGGGGGUUUAAGUGGUUAUUUCCGUGGUUUAAAUGCCCGUGUACUUUAUCAAAUGCCGGCAACUACUAUUUGUUGGUCAACAUACGAAUUUUUCAAAUACGUACUCCACAAAAAGCAAGACGAUGGAAAACGUGGACCAGAAGAUGAGAAUGAUUCAACUGGAUUAAAUCAGAACCAAGGUGCAUCUUCUAGGUCUAGUCGCUUUCAAGAUAUGAGCGUAUACCUCAACAAAAAUGCUCCAACCUCCGUGUUACUCGAUGUGUCCACAAGUUAG